AUGGCAUAUAGUUGGCAAACAGAGCCAAACCGCAUUGAACCACAGGAAGGUGAAUAUGAUCACCAACAAUUUCACCAUGCAAACCAGCACCUUUCUUCCAGACAAGUCAGGUUGGGUUUUGAUCAGCUAGUGGAAGAGAUCAAUAAUAAAACUCUACUGUCUGAGAGUGAAACAUCUUUUGUGUCAGAUGCACCAAACUUGGGUUCAAAAUGGCAAUCUUUAUAUGGAACACACGCAAGACACUUCAAUGAAUUCACUUCUCAGAGCCCUGACCCCUCCCAGCUUCAGUUUGGGAAAACGUCAGCCAUUGGUUUUAAACCUGCUCUAUUAACGACCCAUCAGCUUGUUCAUGAGGGAGCCUCCUGGAGAAAUCCCACAGGAACAUAUCAUGGUGCUGAGGAUCCCAGAUUCAAUGCUCUAACUCCAUCAUCCACUGGGCUGGAUAAAUGUAACCCACAAGGACCAUCAGGAACCGAACAUUGUAACUAUUAUGUAGAACUUGAAGGCAACAUCCCUCGUCAUUAUUCAUCCUACUCAAUGGACUCCAUAUCCAAUAGAGAGAAAAGAGGAAGUGGAGAUGUGGACUUUGUAGAAUCUUCUCUGAAGUUCUCUAAAGACUCCUUUCUGCCCUGGGCAUUGGAGAAUGUGUCAAUGGCAAGCACAGAGCCAGUUGGUUGUCCCAUUGAAAUAGUUGAGGUACCCCAAGGGAGUAACGAGAACCUGGCCUCCUUCUGUAACAAAGUAAGAAAAAUAAGAGAAUUAUAUCCUGCAAGUGACAUUCAUUCCAAUUCUGGGAAGAUCUGGGCCAUCACCACGGCCUAUCCAUCUCGGCUCUUCACUGACACCAGGGUCAGAGUAAAAAUUUCCACUGAUAACUCAGCACAACUCCUUCUUCUUACUCCACAUGCUAAUUAUCUUGUCAAAGACCUAAUUGCUGAAAUUCUACAUUUAUGUGCAAAUAAGCAGCUUUCCCCCAAAGAGUAUCUUCUAAGUAUAUGCGGUUCUGAAGAAUUUUUACAGAUGGAUCAUUAUCUAGGGAGCCACAAAAUAUUUCAGAAAAAUAAAUCUGUCAUUCAACUUCAUCUUCAGAAAAACAGGGACACUCCAGGAAAAUUGUCCCGGAAGAGUGAAGAUGACCACAGUCAGUUUCAUCUGAACCAACUUUUAGAAUUUACUCAUAUUUGGAAAAUAUCCAGACAGUGCCUCUCCACAGUAAUGAAAAAAUACAACCUCCAUGUCGAACACCUGUUGAGAACCCAGGAAGAUGUGGAAGAGAAACAUUUGUCAUCCAUGUUCUCCAGUGAUGGACACAUUUCUCAGCCACAUGUGAAUAAUGUUAUUGAAGAAGUUAAAAACAUAUGCAGUGUUCUGGGUUGUAUUGAAACCAAACAAGUUUCAGAUGCAGUAAAAGAACUAAAUCUAGUUCUGCAGAGACCAUCACAGAAUUUUCCUCAGAAUUCAGAGACUUCAAAAAAAGGCUUCAUAGAGAAAGUGACAGCUGAACUAACAAGGUCCAUCUAUCACCUAAUUGAUGUGUAUUGCAGUAGCUUUUGUACAGAUUUCCAGCCUCUGCACAUACCUGGAAGUGUCUCCUGCAUCCACGCUGGGAUCCAGUCCCACCUGAGCUUCACGGUGUGUUCCCUGCACAAUGUUCCAGAGACUUGGGCACACAGCUACAAAGCAUUUUCGUUUUCCUGCUGGCUCACAUAUGCUGGGAAGAAGUUGUGCCAAGUAAAAAGCUGCAGAUCCCUGCCUGUCACAAAGUCAUUCUCUUUUCUGGUCAACUGGAAUGAAAUAAUCAAUUUUCCUCUUGAGAUAAAGUCACUUCCAAGAGAAUCCAUGCUCGUUAUAAAACUGUUCGGGGUCGACUCUGCCACCCACAGCACAAAUCUGCGGGCCUGGACCUGCCUUCCACUGUUUCCAAAAGAAAAGUCUAUGCUGGGGUCUAGGCUGUUCAGCAUGACAUUACAGAAUGAACCUCCUAUAGAAAUAAUAGCUCCAGGAGUAUGGGAUGGGAGCCUGCCUUCCCCACUGACCUUGCAGAUAGAUUUUCCAGCCGCCGGGUGGGAGUAUGUGAAACCCGAGUCUGAAGAGAACAGAACUGACCAUGAAGAGCCUCCAAGAGAGUGUUUAAAACACAUCGCCAGACUCUCCCAGAAGCAGUCUCCUUUGCUACUUUCUGAGGAAAAGAGGAGAUAUUUGUGGUUUUAUCGUUUCUACUGCACCAAUGAGAACUCCUUCCUCCCUCUGGUCUUGGGUAGCGCCCCUGGUUGGGAUGAAGGGACAGUUUCGGAAAUGCAUGCCAUCUUGAGAAGGUGGACGUUUUCACACCCGCUGGAAGCUCUUGGUCUUUUGACUUCCAGGUUUCCAGACCAAGACAUUCGUGAAGUCGCCGUUCAACAAUUAGACAACCUCUUGACUGAUGAGCUGCUGUGCUGCCUCCCACAGCUAGUUCAGGCUGUCAAGUUUGAGUGGAAUCUCAGAAGUCCCUUGGUGGAACUCCUGCUUCGUCGUUCCUUGCAAAGCAUCCGACUGACUCACCGUCUGUACUGGCUGCUGAGGGAUACACAAGGUGAAGUCUACUUUACAAGCUGGUAUCAGGAGCUGUUGGCUGCUCUCCAGUUCUGUGCAGGAGAAGCCCUGAAUGAAGAGCUUUCCAAGGAGCAGAAACUUGUCAAACUUCUGGGUGAUAUUGGAGAAAAAGUGAAGUCGGCCAGUGACCCUCAGAGAAAGGAUGUGCUAAAGAAAGAGAUUGGCAGUCUAGAAGAAUUCUUUAAAGAUAUUAAGACUUGCCAUCUUCCUCUGAACCCGGCCCUGUGCAUAAAAGGAAUUGAUCGGGAUGCCUGCUCAUAUUUCACAUCUAACACUUUGCCGUUGAAGAUUACAUUCAUCAAUGCUAAUCCAAUGGGCAAAAAUAUCAGUGUUAUUUUUAAGGCCGGGGAUGAUCUUCGGCAGGACAUGCUUGUUCUGCAGAUUAUUCAAGUGAUGGACAACGUUUGGCUGCAGGAGGGCCUCGAUAUGCAAAUGAUCAUUUAUGGAUGUCUAUCCACAGGAAAAGCCCAAGGAUUCAUAGAGAUGGUGCCUGAUGCUGUACCACUUGCUAAGAUCCAUCUGCACUCGGGGCUAAUGGGACCACUAAAAGAAAACACCAUCAAGAAGUGGUUCAGUCAGCACAACCACUUAAAGGAAGAUUAUGAGAAGGCCUUGAGGAACUUUUUUUACUCGUGUGCUGGCUGGUGUGUGGUGACAUUCAUCUUGGGAGUCUGUGACCGACAUAAUGACAAUAUCAUGCUGACAAAGUCAGGCCACAUGUUCCAUAUUGACUUUGGAAAAUUCUUGGGUCACGCACAAACAUUUGGCGGUAUAAAAAGGGACCGAGCCCCUUUCAUUUUUACUUCAGAGAUGGAGUACUUUAUUACUGAGGGUGGAAAAAACACGCAGCAUUUUCAAGACUUCGUGGAGCUUUGCUGCAGAGCUUAUAACAUUGUCAGGAAACACAGCCAGCUGAUCCUGAGCCUUCUAGAAAUGAUGCUGCACGCAGGACUGCCUGAGCUAAGGGGAAUCGAAGACCUGAAAUAUGUACAUAACAAUCUCCGCCCACAAGACACAGACCUGGAAGCCACAAGUCAUUUUACCAAGAAGAUAAAGGAAAGUCUGGAGUGCUUCCCAGUUAAAUUGAAUAACCUGAUCCACAUACUUGCACAGAUGCCAGCCCUAAGCUUUGCCAAACCAGCCCCUCAGACUCUUCUCCAGGAAUCCUGCAUCCUGAAUAAAACCAGGACAAUUCAGAGAGUCACAAUUUUAGGGUUCAGCAAGACACACAGAAACCUGUACCUGAUCGAGGUGACAUGCAGCGACAACAGGAAAAGCCUGACCAAAAAGUCCUUCGAGCAGUUUUACAGACUUCACAGCCAAAUUCAGAAGCAGUUCUCCUCGUUGACUCUCCCAGAGUUUCCACACUGGUGGCAUCUCCCUUUCACAGACUCGGAUCAUAAAAGAAUCAGAGAUCUGAGUCACUACGUGGAACAGGUGCUGCAUGGCUCUUAUGAAGUCGCAAAUAGUGAUUAUGUACUUAGCUUUUUUCUCUCAGAACAUAUACAAGCAACACUUGAAGACUCUCCAUUUGUAGACCCAGGUGAGAAUUCUCCAGACAAGAACCCCAAGGUGCAGUUACUGAUGACAUAUGAGGACUCGAAGCUCACCAUCCUAGUGAAACACUUGAAAAACAUCCAUCUCCCAGAUGGCUCUGCGCCCAGUGCACAUGUUGAAAUUUAUCUCCUACCACAUCCCAGUGAAGUUCGGAAGAAGAAAACAAAGUGUGUUCCAAAAUGCACUGACCCGACUUACAAUGAAAUUGUGGUAUAUGAUGAAGUCUCGGGGCUCCAGGGCCACGUUUUAAUGCUCAUCGUGAAGAGCAAAACUGUAUUUGUGGGAGCAGUUAACAUCCAACUCUGCAGUGUUCCCCUCAAUGAAGAAAAGUGGUACCCAUUAGGAAACAGUAUCAUCUGA